CUGGCCACAGGAACAGGGUCUCAGCUGGUGGUGUGGGCAGGAUGGAAACUGGCUAUGCUGCUCUGCAGAUCUUCAUACUGGUGACGCAUGGGAUCAUCAGUGUCCUCGGCAUCGUGGGAAAUGGGCUUGUGAUCUGGGUGGCUGGAUUCCGGAUGGCACUCACAGUCACCACCUUGUGCUACCUGAACCUGGCUUUAGCCGACUUCUUCUUCAGCGCCACUCUGCCAUUCUUCAUGGUUAUAAAUACCAUGAGAGGACAAUGGCCUUAUGGCUGGUUCCUAUGCAAGUUAUUUAACAUUAUCAUAGAUACAAACCUGUAUGGAAGUAUCUUCCUCAUUGCUUUCAUUGCUCUGGACCGCUGUAUCUGUGUCCUGCAUCCGGUCUGGGCCCAGAACCACCGCACUCUAAGUCUGGCUAAAAAAGUGAUCAUUGUACCCUGGAUUCUUGCUCUACUCCUUAACUUGCCAGUUCUCAUCUUCGUUACUACAGAAACGGAUGAGAACGGGGACACACACUGUGGUUUCAACACUAACUUCUGGGGUAACAUCACUGAAGAAGAGAAGUUGCAGAGGACCGUUACCUCAGUAGCAAUCAUAGGGAUCAACCGGUUUGUCACUGGCUUCACUCUACCGAUGUCCAUCAUCGCCAUCUGCUAUGGGCUCAUUGCAGCCAAACUCCGAAACAAGAGCAUGAUGAAGUCCCGCCAUCCCUUACGGGUCCUCAUUGCUGUCGCAGCUUCCUUUUUCAUUUGCUGUUUCCCCUAUCAACUGUGUCUUCUUCUGGCCACAGUCUGUGUCACAGCAGUAUCUGAAGAAAAGUACAACAUCAUUUUUCUCCUGACAUCUCUAACAGGCAUCCUGGCCUUUUGCAACAGCUGCCUCAACCCAGUGCUCUACGUCUUCCUGGGGAGAGACUUCCGAAAGAGACUGAUCCACUCCCUGCCUGCCAGUCUGGAGAGGGCCCUGACUGAGGACUCAGCCCCAACCAGUGACACAACCACCAAAUCGGCUUCACCCCCUACAGAGGCCCAAUUACAGGAGAUGUGAGGUGACUGGGGUCAUUUAUGAGUUUUGCCUGCUCCUGUCCUGCUACCUCUUCCAGCUUCACCUUACCUUAGGUCAGUGAUAGUGAACCUUUUGAGCUCGGCGUGUCAACAUUUUGAAAAACCCUAACUUAACUCUGGUGCCGUGUCACAUAUAGAAAUUUUUUGAUAUUUGCAACCAUAGUAAAACGAAGACUUAUAUUUUUGAGAUUUAUUUUAUAUAUUUAAAUGCCAUUUAACAAAGAAAAAUCAACUAAAAAAAUGAGUUCGCGGUCACCUCUGACACGCGUGUCAUAGGUUUGCCAUCACUACCUUAGGUCAUACUGAGCGUUAGGUAAAAUUUCCCUGGCCAGGAGACUGUAGAAAGAGACUGAGGGCCCCAUUAUUACACUCAGAGUUUAUUAAGGAAACAUACAUACAAGGCUCAGCUUGGGAGGUAACAAGAUGACACGGAUGUCCUCCCUGCCACAGGGCAGGUGAUAAGGAGUUCAUAGGACAGGGAAGAUGGAUGGGGGUGCUGGAGAAUGACCCACCUCAGAUAAGAAGAAAAUGCCUUAUAUACUUGCCCAAAACACAGUGAGGGGCCGUCUGAGGAACCAGCAUGCCGGGGGCUUGGCGAGGGGGUGGACUGUCUUUGAGGGACUUUCUGGAAAGCGAUCUCUGCUCUGGCCUGAAUCUAGCAGAUCUGGCCAGACCGUCUGGCAGCGAUCACAUCAGUGAAAAUAGCCUCUUCACCACAAUGAACCACUCAUCAUGAAGAUACUUUGGUGACCCCUGAUUUGGGGGGAAGAAAUGGACAUCAGGGUAUAUUGCUUUUAUUUUUGGUUAUACCCUGGGGGUCAUGGUAAAGAAUACAGGGAUAGUAAGAGGAAGAUGAAUGGGGAAUCUGUAAAGCUUAGAUGAGAGAGUGUAUUAAGGGAAAAACUUUAGCAUUUCAUCAUGAAGUAAGAUGUUUCCUGUAGAUUUGUUUUUACCUGUUUUUUCAUCUGAAAACAAGUUUCUUAUUCCUGCUUUACUAAUGGAUUGCUUCUUUUUUAAAUCAUGAAUAAGUGCUGGACUAUAUCAAAUGAAUAUUCAGCAGUUAUUAAGAUGAUCAUAGUAUUAUUAUCAUUUUACUUAUACCAUCACAAAGUAUAUUUUUUUUUAAUGUUAAACUACCUUUGUAUUCAUAGAAUAACCACAGUUGGUCAUGAUACAUUUUGUAUAUUUCUAAUUAAUCUCACUAGAUGGGUUUGGAAUUUCUGCAUUUAUGAUUAUGUAAAUAUGGGACUGGUCUUUUACUUUCCUCUUAUAUCUAUGUCAGGUUUUACAUCAAAAGAAAAAGACCUGGGAAGUGAUUCCUCCAAUACUAUUCUCUGGUGUUAUAUUUUUUAUUAACGUUUAGAGAAAUUCACCAGUGAAGCAAGUUGAGUCUUGGGCUUUCUUUUUUAGAAGACGUCUUAAGACUUAAUUCCUUUAAUAACUAUCAGAUAUUCAGACCAUCUAUUUCCUCUUCUGUCUGUUUUGGUAAUCCGUGACAGUCAAGGAAUUUAGCCAUAUUUUCCAAAUGGUCAAAUUUAUUGGUAUGAAACAUUAUGAAAACUGUGUUACAGUACUUGGUAGGAGUAUCUUUACAUAAUAAGAAUGUAAUCUAUCUGAGGGCAGGGUUUGGCCUUUAUUGUUCAUGAAUGGACCCCAAAACCAAAUGUGUAAAAUAGCACCUGACAUGUGAUAGACACUCAAGAAGGAGUUGUAUAAUUAAUGACUCAAUAAAUAACAGCAUCGUCCAGGUAUCAACUGAGGACCUUUAACGUCUAAUUAAAUGAACUCUGAAUUCAUCAUGAAUGGGGGACUGUUUACUGAACUCUCACUGACAUUCCCAAAAUUUUUACAAAUACUCAGGUGGUUUAUCUUUUUAUGAACACCUCAGAUGUUAAUUUUCUGUUUCUAAUAAAGUACUCUGGCUAACUG